CAUAGACCUAGACUUUGUUUGUGUUUCUGAUCCAUCCAUCAUUCUUCAUACUCUUCACUUUAACCCUAAUUCAUUCUCAUAUGCUUCUCCCCUACAUCAACUUCUAUUUCUUCAAUUCUAUUCAUCAAUUAUGAGCUUCCUAAACCCUAAUCACAGGCCAUCAAGAUCAACCACAUCAGUUCAUCAUCUACCUACAUCCAGCGUCGCAUCUAGCUCAUCAUCAUCUUCAUCAUCAUCGUUAUCCUUAUCAUCAACCAGUGCUCACAAUUCCCGAAAAAAAUGGUCGAAUCUGUUGCCGCUGUUUCUAGUUCUAGUGUUCAUAGCGGAGAUCAGUUUUUUAGGUCGCUUAGAUUUGACUAAGAAUGCUGAUCUGCUCAAUUCAUGGACCGAAUCGUUCUAUCAGUUUACCACGUCUUCAUUUUCGUCUAAUUCGAUUGAUUCGGUGGAUGAGGAUUCGAUUUUGGGGGUUUCUGGUGCAGUGGAUUUAGGUGGUGGUGGUGGUGGAGAGAGUUGUGAGGAGUGGUUGGAGAGAGUUGAUUCUGUUGUGUAUGCUAGGGAUUUUAAAAAGGAGCCUGUGCUUGUUACUGGUGCUGAGCAGGAGUGGAGGUCUUGUGCUGUGGAAUGCAAGUUUGGGUUUGACAAUAAUAAAAAGGCUGAUGCUGCAUUUGGGUUGCCCCAUGGAGGUGGUACAGCUGGCAUUCUUCGAUCAAUGGAAUCCGCUCAAUACUAUCCUGAGAACAAUCUUGAUUUGGCACGACGAAAAGGGUACAACAUCAUUAUGACAACCAGUCUCUCCUCAGAUGUUCCUGUUGGUUAUUUUUCAUGGGCAGAGUAUGAUAUAAUGGGCCCAGUGCAGCCCAAAUCCGAAAAAGCAUUGGCGGCUGCAUUUAUUUCAAAUUGUGCUGCGCGUAAUUUUCGUUUACAAGCCCUUGAAGGACUUGAAAAGUCAAACAUCAAAAUUGACUCUUAUGGUGGUUGUCACCGUAACCGUGAUGGGAAUGUGAAUAAAGUUGAAGCAUUGAAGCGUUACAAAUUUAGUUUGGCUUUUGAAAAUUCCAAUGAAGAAGACUAUGUCACUGAAAAAUUCUUCCAGUCCCUUGUUGCAGGAACUAUUCCUGUUGUUGUUGGUGCUCCAAAUAUUCACGAUUUUGCUCCUGCACCUGGUUCUAUUUUACAUAUUAAGGAACUAAAAGACAUUGAAUCAGUUGCAAAGACCAUGAAUCGCCUUGGAGAGGAUCCCAUUGCCUACAAUCAAUCACUAAGAUGGAAAUACGAUGGGCCCUCUGAUUCUUUCAAGGCCCUUGUAGAUAUGGCUGCUGUUCAUUCAUCUUGUCGGUUAUGCAUUUUUCUGGCAACAAGAAUCCGAGAAAAAGAAGAAAGUGCGUUAUCCCCAAAACGCCCCUGCAAGUGUGAAAGAGGGUCUGAAACUGUAUAUCACAUCUAUGUAAGAGAGAGAGGGAGGUUCGAGAUGGAGUCGGUUUUUCUAAAGUCAGGAAACCUGACAAUGGAAGCCUUAGAAACUGCGGUUUUGCUAAAAUUCAAAUAUCUAGACCACGAACCCAUUUGGAGAAACGAAAGGCCUGAAAGCAUAAGAGGGGACAAAAACGUGCUCAAGGUUUACAAAAUAUACCCGGUUGGCUUGACACAAAGGCAAGCUUUAUACACAUUUAGUUUCAAAACUAGUACGGCAUUUAAGAGUCACGUAAAAAGCAACCCGUGUGCAAAAUUCGAGGUCGUUUUCGUGUAAUCUAGUGCUAGUUUUCAUUUUUUAGAAUGCCAUCGUAAUCUGUAAACGUUAAUCCCAUAUAGCGACUUUUGAGCGUCUGAUUAACACGGGAUUUACUAGUAUGAGUGAUGAGGGAGGAUAGAUGAAUAUGAAACUCUUCAUGUGAUUUUGUUUUCUUGUCCUUUUGUACUAUUUGUUAUGUAAAACUGUGGUAUUUGAUCUUAACCGAUUCAAAAGCCGGGUUAUGUAUUUCUGUCCUUAAA